ACAUUAUUAACACAGCAUUAAAGCAAUACUGUAUAGGAAAAUAAAAAUUACACUUCAGUUUAGCUUAAACAUUCAAUUUAAUGUGGGAAAGCGCACAAAAUCAGGAGGCAGCCAAGCUGUUGCCAUUCGAAAUUAAAACCAAGAUGCCAGUGCUGAAUCGUGUGCCCAACAUAACGCCAGUUAACUUUGAAUUGGAAAAGGAACUGACAAAAUGCUGGACAGUCAAUACAGCAGACAACUCUGUUGACUUUCAAAUCAAACUAACAGUGCCCAAAAUGUGGUCCACGAAUAAACUGAAUUUAAUGGAAGCCUUGGACUUGAACGAAAUGUUUGGCACUGACGCUAAUGAUGACGCGUACUAUAUCUUUGCUGAUGCGCAACUUUUUGAUGCAUCGACACAAGAAGUUAGCUUGGACAGUUUAUAUAAUAGGGACUCCUACUUGGAGUUUGAACGCUUUAACGGACCCAUUGGCAAGCUGUGUUCUUUAUGCUGGCCAAGCAGCGCGUGCUCCUUAACAAAUAUAAAGUGCGAGGAAGUCAACCAAGCAGCGCAGCAAUUCAACAAAAGCAGAACGUUGAUAGACUUGGCACAACUUGGGGCGGGCGAACUGCAGCUGGGUAUGCCAGGCAUAAAAAAAGCUAUGGCAAGCUGUGUAGACUUGCCUAAUUCGCCGAAACACACAGGCUGCAAUCAGCAGCUAGAGGUUGAGAUUGAGGCUAGCGAUACGAAGUUGCCGCAAGAAAACAAAAGCGCUGAAAAACCAGCGCUCGUCAAACAAGUGUCUGAUAGCCCCAUGGCAAAAGUAGCAGCUGCCAUAAAAAUAGCUAAGCCAGCGCAUACUGAUAUAGCUGCUGCCAGCGUUGUAACAAAGUUGGGUCGGCAAAUAUUUUGCAGGCACACUAAAGUCUAUUGCUUUGAUAAUCUAAAGUCGUGGGAGCUUAAAGGCGAAGGACAACUAGAGAUUUGGCAGGAGCUUGCGCGUGGCGCUUACUAUUUGCUGCUCAGGUCUAAGUACGACAAUGAGCUGCUGCUGCAUAUGCAACUCAACAAAAAGUGGCACAUGGAAUAUGCAUUCGAUAGUGACAACAGCAGCUGCAUUUGGUCGCACUACAAUUAUGCCAAGUCAGUCAAGGGUAGAAUGGAGCGCCUGGCCUGUCGCUUUCACAAUGCGCAGAUCGCUGGCGAAUUUAUGAGCAUUGUAGACAAAUGCAUACAGGACUCGCUGUAAGCCAUAUUAUUUAUUUAUU